GUGCCUUCCGUUAUGAGUGAAUGUUGUACAUUUUUCUGGGAAAAUUAAUACGCAAAAGUGUUCGGUGUAGUCUCUACGCACGAUUCAUCCCUUUACAACAAUGCAAUGGUACAAAUGGAUGCUACAUCCAUCAUUACGCAGGUGUCGCGGGAUGAUGAUGAACGCAAUCGACCACACCAACACAGCGGCAGACGCGUAAACACGCACAUCGACGAAACCCGUCGUCAUCUCGUACGGAGUAGCUAUGUGUGGUGUGCAGCCAACGGAGCUAAAAAACCUGCGGACAUGCGAGCACACUAUCUCUCUGCCCGUGCAGUGAUUCUUUCUCAGCAGUGCUGUGCGCCAGCUCUGGGGUUCUGUGUUCCGGGAGCAAGUGUACAUGUGUUUGCUUGCAGUGUGGCCAGUGUGUACCAUCCCAAUGAUCAUCAUCCGCUAAAGUAAAGCGUCUGUACAGCGGGAAUUAUGUCGGAUUUACACUUUAAUGUUGUGCAGUUUAUUAGAAAUUAAUGCGUACUACGAGGUGUGUGUGUGUGUGCAAGUGCACGGGGAAAAUGUCACAUUGAAAAAAACAAACCACCAAUCCGAAUUUGACGAGCCAGCAGCGUAGGUGUGUGAGCGCGUUUGCAGUGUGAACAUGUAGGUGCGUGUGUGUGUGUGUAUGCAUAUUGAUUGCGUACGUGCGUGCGUGCGUGGGUUUUCUUUUGCAAAACGGCGAAAACAAAAACGCAACUGGGAAGAGUAGAAAGAUCAAUGGGGGGGAGGGAAAAAAGCCAGUUCACCAGCCCAACAGUGAAAACCGGAUAGAUUUCCAUCAUUACACUCACACACACACACAUACACAUACAUAACGUACAAACGCACGGGGAGCAAUCGCGGAUGGAAUGUUCUUGUCCACUUGUGCAGCACAGAGAGCCUACUCUCUGCAUCCCUCUGGCUCUUUGUGUGUAGCAUUUUUUUUUUCUGUGUGUUUCGUUAGUGAGAAACGGGAACUUGUUUUUCGAGCAGAAGAAUAAGAAGGUAUUUGAGAAGUAGCAGAAGCAGCAGCAGCAGCAGCAGCAGCAGUACCAGCGGGCAGCUAGCAACCAGUAUCAUCAACAUAGUAGGCGCAGAGUUCGCGUUGUUUGUGCGUUCUGCUUAUAAUUCCACCUGCGCGAUCGAUUCAAGAUGAAAUGUGAUGUGUGUGAUUUAUUGUGAAUAGUAGCCGUUAGGUGCAUUUUCUUCUAAAUUGUAAAUAUUUAAAUGAUCGUUGUUCGGUGCAAUAGUGUGUGACAAGUUGUGUGCAGUGUUCCAGCAGCCACAGCAAAAGGAAGAGCGCACUUUUUAUAGUGUGCGUUUUGUGUUUAGUGUCUCCCCCUGAUGUGUAUUACUAUUUAGUAAAAUUGUCCACCCAACACAACGGUGUACUUUUAAGGGUUAUGUGAUCGUUGUGUAUGAUUGUUCUGGAGUUUGUUUUGCGGCAAUUAGUAACAGAUUAAAAGGUGCGUUUCAUAAACUAUGUGACGUAUGUGUGUGCGUUCCGUUUUAUUUUUUUGGUGCCUUGUCCGACGGGAAAAUCGAGAAAAUAGCCGUGCGGUUUGGUGUACGCGUUAAUGAAUGGUGUUUCCUUCCCGUUGGCGCAUCCGUUACAGUUACAUGGAAGCCGUUACUGUCCGUACAAGCCCAUAGCGAGCGUACAACACAAUGGCCGUACAACGGCGCAGGAGACGGUGCAUCAUACUGCUGUCGUAGCUGUGCGGAGUAAUGGGUGACGCAAGCAAGUGUCGCAGUAUUAGAGCGCCCAGUCUGUGCAUUAGGGAGUUGCAAUGUUAUGAUAAUGGGUGUAGUAACCCGCACAACUAACCUUUAGUGUACGCGCCCCAGUACGCGAGUACAAGCUGCUCCACGUGCGCGCGGGUGUGUGUGUGUGUGCGUAGGCGUACGCAGGCGUUCCGCGGCAGCCGCAGCAACAGCAUCAACAGCAUCAAUCCGAAACAAAACAGGCGAAACAGGCAUCAUUGCUUCAGCGGCGUUUGUUGCGGUUUGAAUGGGAGUGGGGCGCAUUUGUGUGAAAGUGGCAACAUCUUUCAAACCGCGUCUCGAUAUCUUCAUCGAUCGUGGAAGACGCAUGGGAAGUGAAUGAAGCCGUUCGUUUCUGUGUGGGUGUUUUUGUGUGACGGUGACCAUCAGUGUGCUCUCUGUGCAUCAGCAAAACAAAUCAUUUACGUUUGAAGUUGUGCUGUAAAAGUAGAAGAAACAAACCCCCCCUGCAGCAUCAUAUACGCUAAGACGUCCACCAAAUACGGCUGAAAAAAAAACGAGAAGUGGCAACACAAAACAAGUGCCGCUGUUUUUCAAGCUCCUCCGUGCCGUGGGUUUGGUCUGCCGUGACCAACAUCGCUCCUCGCGCGAUCCUUGUGUAGUAGUAGCUUGACAACAAAACAAACAAAAAAGGCAAAAGAAGCACAACACACACACAACGGAGCAGCACGGGUGGCUGCAGCAGCAUCAACAACACACUGGUGCGACCUUUGAGCAUAGUUCAAAGCUUUUGUGCCUCCCUUUUGCACGAGCUUUUCACGAACGCAAGAAGAAUUAAGAAACGUUAAAAAUUCAUACACAAAUUUGCCACAUACUACGCAGCACUACGUAACAAUUGGGCAAAGCUAAUUAAAUACGACAAGAAUCAACUAUCCGUAUGCAGCGGAUAACGAGAGUGCAACAGAAGAUACCGGAACGGAAAAACGAGAGCAAGGACAAUCUAAAAGACGUAGACGUCAAUAAAUAAGACCGACCGCGAAGGUACCGGAUGCACACACAUUGUAUGGUAAAGUGGUUCCAAGAUUAACGUGCACGAUCGCAGGUACUCGAUCGAUCGCACCAAACAAAAUCACCGUGACAGUGCCAACCGGGAUAGAGAGAGCGAACGAUAUCAUCGGUCAACCCUUGCGGUAUCCCGCAAGUAUGGCGAUCAACAGACGACGGAUAGCUUUGUCCGUGGUGUAGUGGCGUACAGCCGACCCGAGCUAUAUUAGCUCCCCGCCCCUCGCCGUUUACCGCUACGUCACCGCACAAGCCAGCAAAAAAACAACAAACAAUAGCAAACAAGAAACACAAACGCAACUUAACGCGACCCGUUGCCGAGCGUUACAUUUAACCAGCCAGCGGUAGAGAAAGUGCCAAGCCUUGAUGUGGCCAGUGUCAGUCCUGUACCGGGGGCAAGCAUGAUACCGCAAAAACAACCCCCACCAGCAACAGCACCAACAUCAUCACCAUCAUCAUCGUCCUUGGUGUCGUUAUCGCAGCAGCAGUCAGUGAAUGCCAGUGUUAGCGUGGCCAACAGUAGCAGCAUGACAACGACCGUCGUCGCCGUUAGUACCGGUCCCGGAACGGCAGCGACGGUCGGUACAACUUCCGGGACGGGAUCAGUGGCGAACACCAGCACCACGAUCACCACCACCGCUAGCAUCGAUCGUACAAUGCUGGCGGAGAAAAGCGCCAACCAGAAUGCGACGCCACGGCAGCAUCCGAAAAAGCGAAAGUUUGAUCUCGCUGAACUAGAAGAGAUGGAAUCGCAUCGGCCAGUCCCGCCACCACCAUUACCAGUGCCACCCACGUCAUCGCCCGCCGGAACCAAUGGUGGGAAGCUGACGGCACAACCGAUGGAUACGGAAGGAGGUGGUGGUGGUUGUCGUGAAGCAGAUGUUAGAGACGGUGGACGCCGUGGUGGUGAUGGAUGUGCCGAAACGGACAUUGUAUCGCGAUCAUCGUGUACCGGAACGACGGUAUUUAAGAACGGUGAAUCGGAGGAAAAUGGAAGCUUCGCUGCAUACCAUUACGGUGCUAGUACCAACGGUAACUUUGGUCGUGAAGGUACCGGUAGCAGCACCAGCAGCAACCAUAUGGCCACAGAAGCGAGAACGUACGAAAACGCAAUCCAAUCGGAACGAUUGCAGCGUGAACCGGGCAGCCGGGAACGGAUAUUGAACUGCACUGGUCAUCGCUCGCAGGCGAGCAACAGUCCCGGCCAGGGUUCGUCUACAGCAGCAGUAUCACCGGCGAGCAAUGGUAGCAAUGGUGGUCUGGUGGUCGCACAGCACCGUGUCAGCCCGGGCAGUGCGGAAACGGCACUGAUCAAUCUGUCCUCUGUACCGACAACGGCGACGCUGCUCGCGAUGGUACCGGCCAACAGUGCUGGGAAUGUGAAGGCACACCAUUUGCACCAGCGUCCAGCGGGUGCUACCCACUAUCCACAUCAGCUUCAUCAUCAACAACAGCCAACCGGUGGCCACAGUCCGGGCAUGAAUGCUGCCAGUAGUAGCAGUAGUAGUAGCAGUAUAAGUUGUACUAAUAAUACCAGUAGCAUUAAUAAUAGCAAUAGCAAUGGUGCCACUUCGACCUCCUCGUCCUCUGUCUCUUCCUCCUCUUCGUCCAUCGCCACGAUGAAUCGAUCUCAGAGCUAUACCAUUUCCACGAUUACGCUGCAACAGCCAUCACCGUCGAACACAGCGUCACCACCGGGUGCCAUCGAUCCAUCCAAUCAGUUACACCAACAACAGCAGAAUAAUCAGCAUUCAUCUCACCAGCACCAGCAACAGCAUCCGCUAAUUGCACACAAUCGUCAGAUAUUGCUGGCGGUCGAUCCGGUUACAAUAAGGCACCAUCAUCAGCAUCAGCAGCAGCAACAAAUUUUACGGCUGCAACCGUCGUCCUCACCAGCCGACACAUACUACAUCAGCAACAAGAAACUCCACACGACACCAUCGUACGGCUCACCUGGAAGCUACAAACCAUCUCCAACGCCACCAUCUGCCGGUAGUGCGAUUGCCACAUCGACACCUUCGCCCGUACAUCAACUCUCAGCAGCAACGUCGUUCUCCGUACCACAGCAUCACUACCAGCAGCAGCAUACACUGCACCCGCCUGGUCAGCAUUCCCAGCAGCAGUUCCGCCAGCAAUCACCACCACCGUCAUCGGCGUCCACCACUUCCUCCCAGCAGGAUCCAUCGUUAUCGUCAAGCGGCGGGCAGUAUGGUAGUGCACCGGCCGGUAGCACCACCACCACCACCACCACAACAACUCCGCUUAUAGACCUCAGCGAAUGGAUUAACCAUCGUGUGUUGGCUCGACGAAAAGACGUUUACGACUCUGGGCGCAUCCGUGCAACAUCUGCACCGGGUACGGUUGUUAUCGGAUUCGAUCAACCCGAAGGCAGCCAUCAGACGUACGACGGUGUGCUGGACGAUACGCACCGACAACAGGAUAUCAUCGACGAUGUGUGUCCCGCGUUGGCCGAUCUACAACCGGGUGUGCGCGUUUGCGUUAGAGCUACCUGUGUACAUCCGCAUCCGGUGACGUCCAACGGUGGCGAUGUAUUUGUCGAGGGCAUAGUGAAGGAAGUGCAUGGCAACAAGAAACAGUUUUCGGUUCAGAUUUUAAGCAGUGCCGUUGGCGAUAAGCAGGAGCUUCGGAUAGUGAAACGUGUCGAUAUGCGUCUGCUUAAACCGCCCUGGUGGGAUGAGCUGGAAGAUGCGUUGGAUAGUUAUAGCGGCCAUACAGUGCCAUCGGGACUGGUUGCCGAUUGUGGAUCAACCAGACGUAACACAAUCACCAUCGAUCAGCAUCGUGCUCAAGACGCAGAGAACGCUGCGAAAUCACACCAACCCCAACAACCAGCCAUAGUAAGCUACGUACUGGCAACGUCAGCCAACAGUGAUCAUUUACAUGGCAGUGGCGCGAAUCAGCUGGUGACUGGGGUGUCGAGCGGAACCGCGGGCCAACCGUCUGCCACCAUUAUCUACACCAGUGGUGCACCGUACAAAAACAGCAUCAGCAUAACACAGGGACGCGGUGUAGCGAGUGCCGGCAUACGGUACGAUCCAACGCUGGGAGCUGGCUCAUCGCUGGAACAGCAACAGCUGAAGCAACACCUGCACGUGCCAUUACAAUUGCAACAUGUGCUGCCAGCCGGUACGGGUGAGGAACAGCACCAUUACCGCAGUGCCGCAACGUCGCCUUUUCAGUCCGUUCAGCUUACGAUCGGUGCGGAUCGCGAUCAUCGCGAUCGGGAUGGAAUGGAUGUAGCAGCCAGUCACUACACAGGGGCACACUCGCGAUCCCAUUCGCUUCAUCAUGUGUCCCAUCCGGUACAGGUUGGGCUAUCACCUGCACCGGCGCACAGUGGCAACACGAUCGGUGGGACAUCUGGUUCAGGUGGUGCCGGUGGUACCAACACCAGCAGCAGCUCAGUAUUAAGAACGCUCAGUCCGGAUGAUCUGCGCAUCACGAACCGUAGUUACGAUAAUGAGAGCGACGAUGAAGUGCGUAGCAGUUUCCCAAUGGAAGGAGAAACGGAAAAAUACUCAGGCAGCAGUAAGCGAAGCAGUAUGCAAAGCCGUGGAAGUACCUCAAGCUUACUGGAUCAACGAAGUACACCCCGAUCUCAACCUGCAACCCCAAGAUCUCAAGCGGCAACACCGCACCGAUUCAAGAAGGGAGACGUUGUUUCAACUCCAACUGGCAUACGGAAGAAAUUCAAUGGCAAGCAGUGGCGCAGGCUGUGUUCGAACGAAACAUGUUCGAAGGAAUCUCAACGACGAGGCUACUGCUCGCGGCAUCUCAGCCAGAAAGGCAACAAUGCACUCCGUUCGUCCACCAGCUCGGUGACAAACCAUUUCAAUAGUAGUCGAUCAAGCAGUAAAACGCAGCUGGAUGAGGAAACGUCUAGAGAUUCCGAAACUUCGCCCCACUACCGUGUCGCGGGACAAUUUGAUCAGGAUGAAACCGAUGCCGCUAAUAUGCUUGUAUCGCUCAGCAGUUCCCGUUCGGCGACACCGAGCAAUUCCUUUUCGUCACCAACGGGUCAUGGAUCUUCCCCGUUAGCAACACAAUCGCCGGUAAUGAUCGGUAAUCGUCAGAACCUAUUUCUGCCCAUCGGAAGCCCGGCACCGUCCAGCGAACCACACGGCAGUGUUGGUAGUGGCAGCAGCAAGUACAAAACGAACACUCCGAGCCCGAACCCAUCGCACGUGAUUGGUGGAGGUAUUGGUAUUGGCGGUGGCAGCAACACUAGCGGUGGACAUCACCAUCCGCUCAUACGGCCAGAGUCACUGCGGCCAACACAACCGCCGACAAGUAGUGCCACUGCUCCACCACCGACUGGUCAUGCGACCAGCGUUAUUCGGAUGUCACCGCUCUAUUCACAGCAUUCGGCACAUCCGUCUGCCAUCUAUGCCAGCUAUCCGUUACAUGUGAGUGGAAGCAGUUCUUCAGUGACACAAUCAUCGUCCACAACUUCUCAGCAACAAGUUCACGUGGAAUCGUUAUCGACUAAUGGCGUUGUGCAACAUCAGCAACAUCAGCCACUUUCCUUGCAACAGCAGCAGCAGCAACAACAGCAGCAUGAGCAGCAAGAGCAACCUCAUGCGCUGGUAACGACCAGCCGAUCGCAACCAACUUCUGGCCAGGUUCAGCUCAUUUCGCAGCCCCCUGUUCAAGCCCACCAUCAUCACACGAUCAUACAGCAGCAGCAGCAGCUUCAUCAGCAGCAGCAGCAGCAACAACAACAACAACAGCAACUUUCACAGACUUCGCAACAGCAACAUACCGUGGUGUUGACCAGUCAACAUCAGCAGUCUUUAACUGUGCCAAAAAACGGCAUUAGCACGGGUUCCACCUAUCAAUGGCAUGCAUUGCUUCCGAUCAUACAUAGUCCGUCGGCGAUCGCCAAGAGCAAUCACCAUCCUCAUCAUCAACACCACCACUAUGCGCAUAUGGCGCACGCGCAGACCUACGGACCAUCUGCAACGAUAGCAGUUCCUGCUGCUGGACCACCAUCAUCAGCGGCGGCGACGGUUGCAUCACAACCAUCGUCGAUUGGAAGCUCCUCCACAACGACAGCGAAGUCGUCGUCGUCAGCGACAUCCUCGAUGAUCAUCGUACCAUCGAAAAUGUACUCUUCACCACCACCGCCCCAACCAGCCGCGGAAGAUAUGGUAUCCAUCGACGACGAUGACCAGGGAGACGAUGAUGUCUUUGAAGCAGAGCCCGUGAAAACAGCACCCGAUACGAACAAUUCCGCCGCGCACGGUGGAGAUCAAACAAACAACCGGUAUGCAGUCGGAGACACUAGUGGCAAUGGUGGUAGUGGUGGUAGUGGUGGUGCAGGAAGCCAUCAACUCCUGAGAGGAAUGGACAUUGAGGCACCUGCAACGGUACCUACUAAUAAGGCUUGUUCGGGCGAAAGUGCCGAAUCAAUCGCAAAGCGUCGUACGCAAUCAUGCAGUGCGGCACUGCAGGCGGCCGCAGUAGCAAACGGUGGUGGAAGCGGAGGUGGAAGUGGCAACGGUACACCAAAGGAACCACAGAGUCCUUUGAGCAACAAGAAGGAUGCAAAAAUUCGGCGUCCAAUGAACGCGUUCAUGAUAUUCUCCAAACGGCACAGAGCGCUGGUACACCAGAAGCAUCCGAAUCAGGACAAUCGCACGGUGAGCAAAAUUCUUGGCGAAUGGUGGUACGCACUAAAGCCGGAAGAGAAAACCAAAUACCACGAGCUGGCGAGUGAGGUGAAGGAAGCACAUUUUAAGGCCCAUCCCGAAUGGAAGUGGUGUUCAAAGGAUCGUCGUAAAUCGUCUUCCUCUGCGAAGGAGGGUGUCGGUGGUACGCCAGCAGGUGGUGUCGGUGGAGGAGGAGGUGUAUUAGUAUCAGCGGGAGGUAACAACAGCCGUGGCCGAAUCGAUUCCUUCGAUGGUAACGAUUCGUUCGAUGAAAAGAGUCCGAAAACACCAUCGGAAGUAAUGCCACCGAUAGGUUCUUCCGGAUCGGCUGGAAGCGCAAGCCAAGCGAACGAUAUCAUCCCACUAACGGUGGCACCUUACAACACUAUCGAAGAAACGUCCGAAACAGCUCCAGCAACGUCCACCGUCAUGAUGAUGCUUCCACCGACGACGACGGCCAACCACGGAUCAGCCGCAACGAGCAAUACGGGAAAUCACAACAAUCCCGAAGCGAUGAUCGUCGAUUCAACAGCAAACGCCUCGUCCCAUUCGCAACGCUACGAUGAUAAUAAGGACAGUCGAGAAAGGAACGAUGAUCGGAUGGACAUAUCUGUGGAUGAGCAGAUGGAUGAAAGUGAUACUGUGACGGUUGUUGCAGGUGGCAGCAUUUCCGACGAAGAUCAGCACAUGACGCACGCAAGUGACGAAGCGAUAUCGAAAAAGGCACCAUCCACGUGUUCGCAGUCAAACGAUGUGGCUGAACUAGACCUGAAAUGUGCCGAAAAGGUAAGCGAUUCGGAUGUCGAAGAUAUCUCUGGAAGCGCUAAGGGUAAACAAGAGCAUGAGGAGGAAAUCAGGCACAAAGUAACUACUGCUACAUCUAAUGCUGCUAGUUCUUCUACUAAGGUUUCACAAUCGACGGUUUCAAACGACUACCAUCACGGUAGUAACGGGGACGUAGCGACGGAUUAUUCGAUAAAAACACUGACAACGGCUAGCAAUGGAGGGAAUGUUAGCGGACCACCAACAACACCCGGUGGACCGAAUUCGUCUUCGCUCGAGCCAUCUUCCGGUUCGUUGCUGACAUGCAAACCAAAGCCUAUUAAAGCGGGUACCCUUCGGCCACAAUCGAUGGCAUUAGCGGCGGGUGACAGUGUAGGCAACGGUACGAGCGCAAAUAACACUGUUGUUCCAGGAGGCGAUAGUAAUGGUGGUGGCAAUAUUACUUCUGGCACUAGUGGUGUUGGUGGGCAUGGUGGUAGCAUAUAUCAACAUCACCACACCCAUCCACACCAUCAUCAUCAGCAUCCGAUUGGGUACGCGUACAGCAGUCCGAAAAAUCCAGUUGGAGUUUCACCAUUCCAGCCAACGGGAGGAGCAUUUAAAACGAUGCCUCAAAGCCCAAAAACCCUGGGAAAACAGGACCAUUCAUCAUAUCUGCUUUCACCAGCUGCCUCAACUCCAACCGUGUCUACGAUUAAGAUGGAACCAGCGGAAAAUCUAUCCACUAGCAGCGCCAACGCCCGAAGCAAUGUCGAUACCAUUUUUAACUUCUCUACCGCCGCCAUUAAAGAACAAUAUUUGCAGCAGCAACAGCAGCACCAACAACAAUCGACGGCACUGUAUCAUGCCACUGAGCAACAGCAGCACAAGCUUCUCCUUGCCGUAAACAAUAACGGCGGUGCAGAAUCCAUGACGGCGGCAGCAACGUCCACGUUGACUGUUACACCACCGAGCAGCAGCUGCUCGUCGGAAAGCGGUGGAAGCGGUCUCAGCAACAGCAGCAGCAGCACCAAAUGUAAAUCGCUGUUAGAGCUUAAUCCCACCAUCUGUUACACGAUCUCGAAUGUAAACGGUAACCAUGCGGCCACUAGUAGCAAUGCAAACCUUAAGCCUAAUAAUACUAACGCAAUAGUGAUGAGCAUGAAAAAAGUUCUACCGGUGACAUCGACAUCUUCCACACCGUCGUCCAUCGCUUCCGUGCCAGCAUCUUUGACACUGUCCUCGACGCUACACUCGCUGCAACCGCCCGGUGCCGGUGGGUUCUCCAUGCUGUCCACCGUCAGUUCCGGUGGCAGUAGCGUACCGGUGACAAGCAUAUCCACUAGCAACAGCUGUCCUACCGAUUUGACGACGGUGCUACCAGCCAGUGUAGCAGCGAGCGUUGGCAUUAAUAGCACCACGGCAACAAUUCUUGCUUCGCCAUCGCAGCGUUUACCCGGUCGGCAGAAAUUGAUGCUGUGUCCACAGUUUGCCCUAGUCCUUCCCGAUAAUCAGCAAUUCACGCUGAGCGAUCGUUCGAAGAUUUCGUUCGCGAAUCUUUCGACGGCCACCAUGAAACCGGCACAGGCCAACACAAUCUUUACCGCAAUUCCCUCCGCCUCGGCGUCCUGUUCCACCAUUGCUUCCUCCCCUUCCUCUACCGCUACCGUUGCAUUUGCACUAACACCGACCUCAUCAUCCUCGUCAACCACUGGCGCUUUGCGGCAGACCAGUAACGGAACCAUUCAGCCGGUGACGAUGGCUCACGUGAAACUAACAAACAUCCUUCCGACAACAGUAACACCUUCUUCAUCAUCCACUACAUCUUCUACAUCAUGUUCCACCUCAACCAUAUCAUCUUCUACGUCGAGUAUGCUAAUCAAACCGUCGGCAACGACAGCAAUAGUGGCCAAUGGCAACGGGGGGUUGGCCAGUGCUGUCGGUACCACGACCACCACCACCACCUCCAUUCCCGUACAAUAUUUGAUCCAAGGCAAGAUACCGAAUCUUCUCAUCUCCACGAAACAGGGCUAUCCGACGCAGUUGCAGCAGUCGCAUCAUCACAACCAGCAACAGUAUGCAACGAUCAAGCAGGAACCGCCGGAAUCGCCCGGUGCGAAACAUUACCUGCCGGUUACGCCGAUUUCCAGCAGCACCACGAACGUUGCAUCUUCGUAUAGCAGCAGCAGCGGCAACAGUACCCACCAGAACUCUGGUUCCGGUGAUGUUAAUAUGACAGCUGCUACGGAUACCGGUACCUCCAACGAGGAAGACAUGGAGGAGGAUUAUGCUGGCGAUCGGGGUAGUACCGGUUCGGUAGGAGGGCCUCCGGAGAGCAAGAAGUUUAUACUGGCACCGACACCGGCACAGUUGGGUCGUGCUCCGCUACAGCGCCGACAGAUGAGCAGCGGAGGUUGUAACAGUAAUAGUAACAGUAACAGUGGUAUGAUGCAGUCGGAACACCAGCAACCACCGCUGAGCGGCAACAGUAUCGCCCAACAGCAGACAACACCGAUGGAAGAUGACGCGGCCGAUGAUGCGGCCAAUUCGUCAUCGAACGGUCAAAACAAUCACCACCAUCAACACGCCUCGAUGCCGUCCGCUUUGCCGACCCCGACGUCCGCCUCGAUGGAGGACUACCACAGUCAGAUUUCACCGUCCGCCGCAAAGAAAGCAUUCUUUCGUAAGGCUAAACCGGAUGAUAUGGAUAAUGUUCUCCGACAGGUUGACUUUGAGAAAAAGUUUAAAACAUUGCCCCAGUUUAAGCCGGAAGAUUGUCACUCACCCAGUGCCAUUAUGGCGUCGUCGCCACGUGUGUUCACGCAGAAUUAUCGCAAAAAGCAAACCACCACUCACAAAACAUUACCCGAUGAUGAUCAGCAUAAUAAUCUACAUUCGGACGGAAGUGUCCCACCAUUAUCCAGCACGGCUACACCGUCCAGUUCGUACGUGAUUGGGAAUCGGUUUUUUGGACCAGAUUUCAACAUGGAGCAGUACAAAGAAAUGUCGGCCGAAAUGGGACGUGCAGGAGCAGUUGGAAGCGGUGGAACGGGCAGCGGUCCAGGGGCUGACGAUCGUUCGCCCCGGACGCCCAAGACACCAUCGCAGCGAUCAGUCAAUUCGGCUGAGGAAAAGGGUCAUCGGAAGAUACUCGAACAACGGCGCAACCUGGUGGUGCAGCUGUUUAAUGAACACGGGAUGUUUCCAUCAACGCAUGCCACAAACAGCUUUCAGUUGGCACACAGCGACAUAUUUCCUAACAAACAGAGCCUGCAACUGAAGAUACGUGAAGUGCGUCAGAAAUCGAUGGCCCAGCAGCCUGGUUUUACGCCGCAGUCAGCUGGUCCCAUUACACCGACAGAAAUUAACAGUGGUCAGUCCGAUAGCAACCAGCAACAUUCGUUACAUCAGCAGCAGCAGCAGCAACAUACGCAACAAAUUCACCAUCUUCAUCAAUCGCAACAACAUCAGCAACAGCAGCAAGAACAGCAUCAAAUAAACUGAACAAAGCAAAGCUGAAGAUCGACCGAGGAGAAAUAGCAGGUAAAAUGGGAAUGUCCUCAGAAAAUCGUGGCUGCACGAGCUGGUUUCCUCGCGUUACGUUUGGGAUUAGAACAAAGAAAAAAAAGCACACACAAACACACAAUCAUGCAUAAAUUGCGAUCGCAAUAUUGCCAAAGCAAAAUGUUUAAAGCAUGAGUCUAGAUGUGAAGAUGGUAUUGAAAAAAAAACCGACAAAAAUGUGUAAAACAUAAUUGAAAGCAAAAUGUAAAGAAAAAACCUCGACAGUAGACAUGAUUUAAUUAUUUUUUUCAAAACCAUAUUUCUAUCAGGAGAAAUAAUGUGCAAAUUUCGCCAAAACGUUCUUCCGUUUAACUUUUUAAUGGUUAGCAGUUGUGGAUACGAACUUGACAUGAUAUCUUUUUUUAUUUUCCAAUAGCAGAAAUACAACUUUAAACCACGCAAUACAUUAACCUACAAUAGUACGGCAAUUAAAGCCGCGAUACAAAAACAAAUAAUCAAAUAAUAGCCAUUCCCCUGCUUUACUCUACACUCCCACAUAGACUCACUAUAUCUACAGCAAAUCGAUUGAAUUACCCCCGUUGAAAGCUAUAAAAACUAGUAACAAUACAAUGUGCUUUCCUUUCAUUUUUUAUAUUUUACACAUUCUACCUUAUUCACCGCGUUACGUUAUCUAACAUGUUAAAACGUUUCUAAUUGUACAUCUUUUGCUAUGAGCUUUAGAUCGAUGUAAGAAAUUGUACAACAUGAUCGCUACACACAUUACACAGCACUUUAGUAAAUGGAUGUUGUUCCGAUGCUUGACGAUUGCCUAGAAAUAUCGAUCGUGGUAGUAUUUUCAUUUUUUUUUUAUUAGCAGACACUUCCAAGUGAACACUUUCUAGUUGAAUAUUAUUGGUUUUUGGCAUUCUACUAAAUGGAUUAAUAAUGGCACGGUCCGGUGGAUAGUAGUAGGAUGGUAGGUGAUCCGAGUGUAGAAAUAAUCAUUGAUGAUGUUCGGGUGUGUAAGUUUUUGCGCAUGUGAUGUAAAAUAAAACAUAUUAGAAAGCAAGAAGAUUUGCCGGGCAUUCUGUUAUAAGCUGUUUGCAAAUUAUCAACAACAUCAAUCAUGAUGGCAGCAGCAAACAAGUUUAAAGAUUAAUUGGAUCUAAUAGCCACGCACACGUGAAGUAAUUGUGAACAGCAGCAUAUAAAAUACGAUAUAUAUAUAUGUACACACAUUAAAGGGAAAUGCAAUGGAAAAACGUUUGUAAGCAAAGCAGCAGCUCAGCAGAAAGAAUUCACAAAUUACAAGUUGCAAAAGCUCUGUUUUCCUGAUAGAUGGAACAACCCAAUGUCUUAUAGAUGCAAUGGGAGCAAUGCGGUGAUUUUAGUUCUGUAAGUCCAAUUGUGCAAGGUUAUAGAAAAAAAAGAACGAACGUUCUAUAAAAGUUAUAUUCUUCUCGAUAUUAUCUUCAGUUUAUAGAAGCAAAUCAAUCAGGGUUAAUGCGAUUAUGAUAUUGCUGCGUUUAUGGCACCGGUUGCAAAAAUUCGUGCGGCAACCCAAUUAAGCGCACGUAAUGUGUCUGUAUAUAUUAGUGACUUAGCACACGAAUAAGUGUUUCGUAGUGUCCUUUUUUUUUCCUUUGACAAAAAAAACACACACACACACAACCUUCAGUUUUGUUGUAUGAAACGCAAAAAAGUGGAAAAACAUCAGUCAAAAGCACUUUAUGUUUUCUGCUACAGAAUCGAUGUAACAUUGUAACAAGCAAAGUACAACCAAUUUAGUAAGGAUAGGGUUUUACUGCAAACAUAGUAUGAGUAGAUGAAGAGAGAAGAAGAAAAAAACAUUUGUACGUGUGAUAAUGAAAAAAUAGUGGCCAAUGCUGCGUAAUAGUGUUUUCAUGAUAAAGAACACAAUAACAUAUGAAAAACAAAACAAACAAACAAACAAAAAACACAUAAGGCAAAAGGAAGAGAAAGAGAGACGCGUAGUAAGAGAGAUUUGUUUGUUAGAUUCCAUGUUGCUUAAGCAAUUGUUCACAGGGCCUUCGUUCUCACACAUGUCCCAUCGUUCAUCUAUAUGAAAUAUCAUUUACUAUAAGCGGGUCUUGAUCGUACAUUCAAGACAACGAUGAUUUUAGUUUCUUCAGUUAAACCUCACUAACUGGGGACAGUUCAAUUUAAAGGCCAACUAAAAUGUCUCAAGACGGAAAACGUUUCGCUUUCAAUUUCAAUCACAUGCGACUUGUGCCGAAAUGGUUGGCCGGGCUACUACUUUCAAAUGCCUUUGUCAGGCAUACCCAAAACACAAAUGGUUUUAGAUAGAGAAAGCGAGCAAUGGUGUGUGGUUUUUGGUGGAGAUUCAUUGUUAUUUUGUUUCCAUAGGGAUAACACAGAAAUGGAAAACAGUGAUCGCUUGUUGAUUAUGAGCAAGAGCCUUACAUACGCGUGGAUCAUUUGUCGAUCAUUUGUUAUGUUAUCAAUCUAUCGCUCAGAAUACUUCUCUCUUUCUCUCAUCCGACACACAUACACAUUUCUUCCUUAUCAUAUGGAUUUCUUAAGUAGCAAAUCAUUCCCAUUUGUUUUGAAAGAAAAGAGAAACAAAUAUAAAUUUACGCAAUGUAAUAAAAACACAGAAGAUCCGUUUGAAAUAGUAGAAAAUGAACUAGUAAAUGUGACAUCGGCACCCGCAAGUUUCUUGUAUCGCGUAAGCGACUAAUGGUGGCUCGAAUCUGACCACAAUAUGAAUGGCAAACAAAAAAACUGCAGCCAGCAAUUGUACACCGUCUGUAGAAUGUGUUUUAGAAAGGGAAAAUGAAAAGAUAUAAUCUUUAACUCGCUAUUGAAUGAAUUAAUUCGCUACACAGAGGACACACAGACAACACACAUACACACUGAUCUGGGCCAUAAAAAGGUGGGAACGUAACAAUAAUAUGUGUCCCCGCAGUUAAUUGUGUUCUGCAGCACUUGUUUUUUUUUAUUAGUAAAUAUAAGAUCGAUAGAAGUGAAAAUUAUCGCUAGACAAGGCUAGACGAAUAGCGAUGGGACUUGGGUGCGUUUAUUUUAUCUGUUUUUAAAGGAUAAAGCGAAACAAAUCCGGUCCGGAACGAAGGAAGAGAAACAAACACAAAUGUAGACAUUAUUGACACAUCAAGAAUUACAGGACAUGAUGUAGUAGAGAGGGGGCUGUUCUUACAAGCAAAAAGAAACAAAUUAAUCUAGUUAAAGAGUGAGCUAUAUCCUUCAGUAGUUGUGCAUUAAGAAGUAAGAAACGACGUAAUGGAACUGCAUUGUGAAAUGAAUUAUCAUAUUGUAUAUGAUCGAUGGAGGAGGAGUAUGUUACAUAUUGGGACAGGUACAGGUAAACGACAAAGCCGUUCGCCUGUGUGAGCGGGGAGAUGAAAUCGCGUAAUUAGCCAAACACAGCACGCCACAUUAGCAUCCACUGCUUUUCCUUUUCCUCGUUCUUCCCUGAUUAGCGAUAAUGUAGGGAACAGAAGGAAAUCACAUUCAAAUUAACUUCUUUGCGUUUAGCAUAGGUGUGUGUGUGUUUGUAGUGUGGGAAAAGGAUAGAUGGGCAGAGUGUAGCAAACCCUGAACUCGGAAACGCGAGUGAUGAUGUGCUAAUAUAACGAACGAAUUUCUAAAGUUUUCCUCUUAACUCACGAAACAAACAAGAAAGAAAAACAUUGUAUACACAUAAGCUGAGAGAAAAACAAAAUAUAUAAAGGAAAUGAAAACAAAAUGACAAAACGAUCACACAAAUUUAAUGGUAUAAACAGACAAGAAAAUAACACAAAAAAAACACAUGUUAAAUAGCCUCUAGGGCGACCUGAAAUGUAAACAUUUGAUAUACAACGCACUAGAAACAAACAACAAAAGGAGAAAAAAAUGGUAUAACAAUAACAGAGGUAUAGAAUUUCAACGCAAAAAAAAACACUCUAAUGCAAAAGAGUGAUAUAGUGACAAUUGCAAAUCGAAAUAACAGCAUAUUUUUACCCAAAACAGAAAACAUGAAAAGGUUUGUGUUAGUUAAAACGAAAGGCAGGUGCAAGAAACAAAACAAACUCCCAAAUACACAAAUGUUGAAGAAAAAUGUA